CCCUCUCCCCUCCCCCCCUCCCCCUCCCACAGAACUUCGUGAUGUUCCGGACGAGGAACGAACGUUUCUGGAUCGGUUUAACGGAUGAGAACGAGGAGGGGGAAUGGCAGUGGGUGGACGGCACGGAUUCCCGCAGCUCCUUCACAUUCUGGAAGGAGGGCGAACCCAACAACAGGGGCUUCAACGAGGACUGCGCCCACGUCUGGACCUCGGGGCAGUGGAACGAUGUCUAUUGCACCUUCGAGUGCUACUAUGUGUGUGAGAAACCCCUCCCCAAGUGAGGAGCCCCAAAAAGUUCCUUUUUUGCCUUAAUUUAUACUCUGGGCCCGUCGGCUGCGGCUUCCCAGGAGGGGUCCGGGAUGGGCGGGCGCGGAGCUGAGCUGCUCGGAGGGGAGAGGGUGAAUAAAGGAGGGCUGUUGUUCCA